AAUUUUUCUUUUUCUCUUUCGAUCUCGAUCUCGAUCUCGAUCUCGAUCUCGUCUCCAUCUCUCCGUCUUCUCUGCUUCGAUCUUGGACUCCGAGAUGGCGCCGGUGUCCGCCCUGGCUAAGUACAAGCUGGUCUUCCUCGGUGAUCAAUCUGUGGGGAAAACCAGCAUCAUCACCCGUUUCAUGUACGACAAGUUUGAUAACACCUAUCAGGCUACAAUUGGCAUUGAUUUUCUAUCAAAAACAAUGUACCUUGAAGACCGAACUGUCAGGCUACAGCUUUGGGAUACAGCAGGCCAGGAGCGAUUCAGGAGUCUCAUUCCAAGCUACAUUCGUGACUCUUCUGUCGCAGUUAUUGUAUAUGAUGUUGCCAGUCGUCAAUCUUUCUUGAACACCUCAAAGUGGAUCGAAGAGGUUCGUACUGAGAGGGGUGGUGAUGUUAUCAUUGUCCUUGUUGGCAACAAAACCGAUCUUGUUGAUAAAAGGCAAGUUUCUAUCGAGGAAGGAGAGGCCAAAGCACGUGACUUGGGCGUCAUGUUUAUUGAAACAAGUGCCAAAGCUGGUUUCAACAUCAAGGCACUGUUCAGAAAAAUUGCUGCUGCACUACCAGGUAUGGAGACACUUUCGUCGACAAAACAAGAAGACAUGGUUGACGUUAAUCUGAAAGCCACCAGUGCAAACUCCGGCCAAUCGCAGCCGCAAGCCGGAGGAUGCAGCUGCUAAAACCAAAACCAAUUUGAGAUUCCCAGCAGUAUUUCUUGUGAUCCAGCAUUAGAAAUUUAUUAAUUAUGUUUCAUCCCCUUCUCCAUUCUAGUGUUGUUUUUAAUAUAAAGUUUUUUUUUUGUUUUUUUUUGUUUUUGUUUUCAAGUUUCUGGUUAUGAAAUUCUACUUUCGAACUUGUUUGUUAACAAAUGGAAUUGAAAUGUGCAUCAUGUAUAUUAGUGUAGGGAGUUUGAUGAAUAAGAAAAUUUUUGUGA